UUGGAGCUAUUGGUCGCAAUUAGCGGAAGAUUUCGAAAUCUGUGCAUAACGGUAAACACCCAAUUGUCAAGUGUCCAGUGGGAGUUAAAGAAUUUUUGUGGAAGGCGAAGGAUGCUGAAAAUGUUUGAAUGAUUUAUAAAAGUCUAUCAUCGCCGGAGUUAUUAAAUACGAAGUGCCAAAUAUACUACAUACAUACAUAUGUACAUACAUAUUUAUAUGAUUAAUUGAAGCUUGACUUCCAUGCCAAAUGCAACACUGUCUUGCAAUAAAAAAAAUUGUGUGCCAAAACAACUCAGUGUGCGUUUUCAAGUCCGACGGUAUAACAAAGCUAGAGCAAAUGCAAAUGCAAAUGCAAAUGUGAAAGCAGAGAAAAUAAAUAUUUUAACCUGGCGUUAGUUUGAGUGAAGUGUUUUUGAAGCAAUUAGAAAAGUUGGGAAAGUGUUAAGUAUCUGACAAAUAAUUUGCAUUGCAUUCCAAAUGUCAAGUCAGCUUGAAAGCAAGAAAAGUGUUUGAGUGCAAAUAAAUGUGGAAUCGUAAGUGAAUAGCCUUGAAAAUCGAAGGUCUUUGAAAUUUGUGUAUCCAAAUAAAUAGAUGAACGCUUAUUCGCUUUCACAAGGACCUGGAUUACCUUGUAAAGCCACUACCGAAGGAUUAUCGCACACUUCAGAUCAGACGCGUGUACCACCAAGCAGCACUCGCAAUACGCCAUAGCAUCUUCUCACCGGAGUCCAAUACUUAAGACCGUUGCAUAGAGAACGGCGACUUUAUCGACAAACGCAGCGCCGUGUUUUAUAAACUGGCGAGAAAGUUUGCGCAGCACGUACAAAAGGACGGACGCACGCAUUCGCCGCAUACGCCACAACACCAUUGCCGAAAACGAAACGAGUGUAUAACGAACUUGGAAACUUUUCUAGAAUACUCAGUGCAUCAGUCGUUUUUUUUUUUUUUUUUUUUUUCAUUUUCGUUCGCCUGACUCAAAAAACAUUAACAAAAUAGAGGGUAAUAGAAAAAAAAGUAACGCCCUGCACUGCAGUUGUUGCGCUUGUUGUUAGUGGUGGUGCCAUUGUCGCGCGCAUUACAGCGUUGAAAACUUUAUCUCAACUGGCACAGCCAUCAUUGGGGUGGAGGAGUUGCGCAACGUACGCGCACCGCGCCAACGACCUUGCAACACUAAUGUGGCGCGCACUUUGUGUGGUUUUUUUUUGUAAUUUCCUUCUAACAGAAAUGGGGGCAACAAUGUACGCGGCACUUCAAGCAAGUUGUGUGAGUUCAUAAACUGUAGGCGAAACGAGUAGGGUGGAACUGCAAAAGAAUAAAUUAAGGCGAGAGCAGCUGGGCAACAAAAAGCAAGUUUAAGUGGUUUUUCAAAGCAAAAUGGCAAGGUGGUUAUUGGUAAACAGUAGUAUAUUAGCCGGUAUAUGGCUGUGUGCAACGUUGCUGUUGCAGGCAAGGCAUGGCGACACAGCGCCCACUCACCAUUUGACGGUCAGCGUUGAGGGCAAUACACCCACGCUGAUAGUAACGUCGGCGGAAAUUGGCAUCACGCCAAGAACACUGCACGCCAGCACGAGCACCACGGCGGCUGCAAAAGCCACGACUGCCAAGGUUGAGGCGGCUGCAAGCGCAAUCACAGAGCGCCGUAACAUUGAUGAGCUCGGCAGCAAAGGAAAUGUGCCGAAACUGAAAGGCAAAUCAUAUAAAUUACAUUAUGGAAAAAAAUGGCAACACGCGGCCAAGGAGAGGGAGAAAGGUAAGGUGAGGGUAUUGAAGACACAGGUCGCAUCCAUGAGUUCAACGGAAGCGCCUAUUGCAGGCUCCACAACAGUUUUGCCUAGUCGAUUGGUCGAAACUAUAACCACAAGCACCGAUAUACCUAUACUUACCACACACACUACAAACCCGACUACAGUUGAGAGUGAACAGCACUUUGAGCAAAGUACAGAAGUCGCGACUACAGUCACAGCAAAUAUCGCAAAGUCAAGCGAGGGCGCAUUGCCCUCAGAAAGCGUUAUCGUCACCAACGCGCCAUCGCUAGUUGGCAGCCAUCGCAACGCACUCAACGGCGACGACAACGACAACGACGACGAGGUAAGCACGCCGGGCGCCAUUGUGUCUGCGGCAACUGGCAACUUGCCACGAUCCACGGAGGCGGCAACAGCAGUCACCUUGGCACCUACGAAUGCUGCAGUCAGCAGGAUUACAGCGGGAAGCCCCAUUGAGAAGUCAGGUGCGGCUGCGGAGCUAAAAAGCUUCCGGGGUAGUGGCACGGAAGUAGACGACAAGAGAGCCGCAGAAGAACUGACUGCAACGACCGCAUUUAUGGAGUUACAUGACACCACAGCAGCGUCAACUACUAAAGAAAUAUCCAUACCGGCACCAAGAACAGCAGCACCAAAUACAACAGCAGCAACUACAUCAGCAUUGGCAGUUACGACAAAGCCAAUCUCGGCGACUACAGCAAAUGCGCCGAUGAUUGCAAUCCAAAUUGAAACGUUGCCAAAGGCGAUAACGGCAACGAUAAAAGCAACAGAACAAAUAACUACAGCAGCCGCAACAGCUACAAGCGCACUUCCUACCAACAACACCAAGCAUCAAACAGCAAAAACAAUGCCAACAACAACCAUCGAAUUUCCGAUAGCUGAUGAAGUUGCUGGUGUCAGUCAAAGUACUUCGACAGUACCAACAUCAUACAACGGUAAUUCUGUCACCGUCAGCGCAAUAAUGGAAAUGAGCUCCGUCAUCGUUGGCGAUAAUCUGCCUCAAACGCCCAUUCCACCAGCGCGCAACACAACCGCUGCAAUAAGGCUACCCAAGAUGAACGUCAGCACGGCGACAACCAGUGUGGACAUGCUGCAAGAGGCAACUACUUCAAUUUCAACUACGACUAAAAAACCUGAACACCCAUCUGUUGGUACAACAAAAAGUGUGCAGACAAUCCAAACAACAGCGGAGGUAAGCACGGACAGCGGCAUCAUUUUUAUUGACGAUGUGUCUGAUAACCGCGAAGCCAAGCGAAACGAGUCGGAGGGAGAGCUACAAAACGAUGAAGCCAAUAUUGGCAGACACGGCGACGUAAAGGAUACCAGCAGAGGCACAGACGCAAACAAUUCAGGUACGAGCGAUAGUGAUGGCAUCAUAAAACUUAUUGACUUGGAAAAACAUGAUUUAAAAUCGAUUUCGAAGGCGAAAAAAUUACGCAACGGCAGCAAGAGUGGCGAUGUUGACGCCGCGGACGAUGAUGAUGGCCAUGAUGGUGUCAAGAAAACAAGAAAGAAGCAACUAACCGAUAAACAUUACUUGCUCGUGCCUGAUCUCAGUGUGAGCGAGGAAUUUCAUGUUGAAAAUAUGACCGCCCCCGGGACAAUAAAAACAUCGCUUGUUGACACUGUGGAUGAUUUAAAGAGCGCAAACAAAGCCACCGAAAAUGGCAAUAACGGCGGAAGUGAUGUGUUGACGAAAACAAUGCCGAACAUUGGCGUGAAAAAUAUUUCCACUAGCAGCACACCAGCACCAACGUCUGCAUCCGCACCACACCAAAGAGCAAAUAUAGAAAACUCUACGGCAGCCACACCCACGCUAAGACCAGUACACAAUGGCUAUUUGGGUCCCAUUCUCAUGGAGGAGAUGCGGUUUACGGUUAAGCACGCAAACCUGAAACCACAACAACACCACGAGUCCACCAUAGAAUCACAACUGCGUGACGGCCGCAUUGUGGAGAUCCUUGCGCCCACCGCACUGGUGGAGCAAACCACUGCUGCGCCGGCGAUGACAUUGAAUAGAGCGGUGAAAAGCGAUCCAAUAAGCGCAACAACUUCAACGCCAGCGCCUGUUUCAACCACUUUUGUACACGUACCUUCGGAAAAGAGUACACCCAUGUUUUCUACGACUGUGUUCCAGGUUCCAGAGACAUUGAUCAGCACCACACGUCUGCCGUUGAGCACGAAAACCACGCACGGAGGUGAGGAAAAAACAUCAAAACUAUCGCAACAUAAGCAGAAGCAGCAACAGUCGCGAGCAUUUUCCAGCACUCCCAAGAGGUUGGGCGAUGAGCGAACGGAGUCAAAAAUAUCUGACAUUCAAGUGGAAGUCUACGAUUCCACAGUGGACUCCAUUGUAUCAUCCACAAAUUUCAAGGAUAGCGAUGGCUUUUACGCCCUACCACUGGAAGCUGAGGCGGAUGCACACGGCGGCACAACUAAGCCACCAGCUGCGCCGCAGGAACGCUUCACCCAAUAUGUAGUGGACAGGGCCGACUAUGCCACACAGGAGUCAAGUGUGGCCCCACAUUUAAGUGUGGCCUUCGGUAAGCCCGAACCAGCAGCAAUCGAGAUACAUAUUAACGUAUCUGAGGGCAUCGGCAAUGAGAGCGAAGAUUUAGAAUUUUCAUAUCGGCAGCCAGAUUACACAGGCAGCAGCUCAAGAACCAACCCCAUAGAUGAACUGAUGGCCAAAACCGCUAAAGCUAUUUCGAUGAAGCCACUUUCUUCGGGCAGCAAUGAUUCCGCUGCUCGAGAAAACGUUCAACGUGGCGAUGAGAUUUUAGUUGUAGAGAUAAUCGAUACCGGCGACAAUAGCACUGAGGGUGCGGUUAGUGCUGAAAAUGCCAAUCCGAUAUUUACAUUUCGCUCAGAUUCCGAUUCGGAUAUUGAGCUGAAGGAUAUCAAAUACUUUCCACCUGAGGUCAAAGUGAAACCGCCACAAAUGUCCGACGAACUCUUCUUGGCAGACCUAAAGCGAGAGAAUGCGCUGCCAAAACCACCUUUGCCCCCACCUCCUCCGCCGCGUAAGCCGACCAUAGAUCGCGACUCGGACACAAUUUUUUACAUUUCCAACACCGAAGUAAAGGUGGGCGAGUCUCUACCCACCGCAAAUACAGAUUAUGAGCAACAACAACAGCAGCAACAGUUGCGGAAAACCAGAUUGGAAAAUCAAUUCUUUCCGGCAAACUACUUAGCCAGCACACGUCCGAACGCUGCCAGCAUGGACGAACGGUUGUCGCUGUCACCGCAACAGCAUCACUAUGAAGAAGACAUAAUUCUUUCGCCACUACGCAACACCGCCGAUUCACUUAAGAUAUUUCGCAAUCAAGGCGAUGAGGCACCCCCUUUAGACGUUACCUACAUUGCCGAGUCGGUGGUGGAAGUGGAGCAGUCCUCAGGUGCUGGUCCCACAACCACAUUUUCAGCGGCUGCAGCGCCCUCACUGACGCCAGACGUCAUCAUACAGCCAGCCAUAUUGCCAGAAAUGUCGAUUGGUGUGCCAGUGAUAGGUGAGCUGCCGCCGCAAAUUGAACUCAAGGAAAUCGAUUUCAUGCCCGACGAAGCAAACCAGCCGCACUCAGGCAUGUACGAGAACAACAUGCUGGAGGAAAAUGGCAAUGGAAAUGGCAAUGACGUCGACAGACUCGUGGAGUCUUCCGUACAGUAUGGUGGCGAUCUGAUAGACGAGAGCGCCGGCGGUGGAGGCUUUGAUGGAGUCGAGGGUUCUUAUCCGUUUGGCAAUCCAGCAGCACUGCACAACAACAAAGCCCACCAUGCAGCCGACUAUGCGCACUUCACGGUGAACCAUGGCAUAAGUAAUCUGCGAAAGGAUGAGCUGAGCGCUGAUGUGGCGGGCUCCGGUGAGAUGCUGGCGGCGGGCCAAACAGCCGCAGCGAUGCUAAAUGCCAUGGAGAACGGUGAACUAAAGGAGUUACUAGCUCGUAGCGGCAACGAUACGUACCCUUUGUCGAUGCUUGCGAAUGCCAGUUACGCUGGAGCAUCCACUGAGCGUAUGAGCAAUGCCACCGCCUACUCGGUGUUGGAGGAACCGAAUGCAAUCGAGUUGGUAUUUAAAAAUCAUAAUACGCUGGUACUUGGAGUUUUCAUUGUACUGCUGCCGGUUGUACUGACUGUCUCACUGACUUGUGCCAUGUGGUACCUCUAUGGAAAGUUCUAUGGCUCACCAAAUAUUCGCGAUGCAAAUCAGGCCAAUGGGAGCGUUACAAAUGACAAGAAAAAUGGAGAUGGCGAAAAUUCCCAGGAAGAGUCUAACAUCGACACAGCGACUUCAAUUCCAAAACAACAUUUGCCGUCCGUCACCGAGAAUGUCACCAACGGAAGCUGCCUCAAAGCAAUGACCAACUCGCAUUCCGGCGAGUGCAAUAUCACGAAACCGUCCAGCUAUCCAACAAACAACAUUUUGUGCAAUGGUGUUAGUGGUGCUGCUACAGUUUUCAGUGUCGAUGAGAGGGCGUUGCUGUCAUCCGAGACUUCGGUUGCAACCCCUUCCUUAACCUCAAUAGCAUCGCCACUAAAUCUAGACAACAACAAUAAGUUGAAAAUUCAAGCCAAUCUGUCCAACAACUCCGUCCAAGAGAACUUUACACGUCCUAAUGGUUCUGUCACGAAGAUGACUUUGAAAAACAAUCACUUGAUCGUUGAGACUGAAGAGCGACACGAUAUAUCGCGCGUCGCUCGUGAAACUACAAUGCAUUACAAUACCUCCGAUAAGGAUGGCGUAUUUGUUGUAGAAGUUGCGCGCGGCGUCGACUCCAAAAGCAUUCCAAACAGCCCAACCACCGAAGAACUACGUCCCAUCUAUGAAACACCACCACCAGCUGCAGCUGCGGCCGCGACCUCUUUUCGAUCAGACGAUGAAAAGAUUUUGAGAAAUCACGAUGAGAUACAAAUCCACCAACCACCAGCAGAAACUCUGCACCAUCAACUACCGAGCUACGCAGAAGAAAUGCCCGAACGCAGUUUACAUCAAAUCGUCGAAUUAGAAGAACCCGCUAUUUCACCACAUUCGUUUAGAGAUGAGAAGAAAGUCAACCUCGUACGCAAUUCCAAUACCGGUCUUUCGCAGUCCGAUUUAAGUUCCACAUCUUCGGCUGGUUCAAACAAGAGAUACUCGUAUGGCAAUCAGGAGUUGUACACCAUAGAGACGACGUCAUAUGCCUCGCCAUCGACAUCCGCAAACUUGCCGCUUUUACCUUCGAAUUCACACAACGCCGCCGACGAUGAUGAUCGCCGAUCGGAGAAUGGACACAGUCUUGAGCAUUCACCUGCUACUCAGGGCAAUAGUUCAACAGCCACAGCCAACGACAGCGCCGCUCACAAUGAGCUGUGCAAGCAUGAGCAAGGAAAUGAGCAGAUAAUAAAGGAGAAGGAUAUAAAUUCCUCUCAGCAGAGUGAGAGCGACCCUCAGCAAGGAAACGUUGCGACAGAAAUUGAAUUGUUCAAUGAAGAGGUGUCGACAAAGCAAGAAUGUGAGGUGGCUAUUAUAAAUGAAGUUAAGGAAACAGAAAAUGUCCAGACAAAUGUUGUGACUGAGAAAGAGCCUCAAGAUGUAGAAACAAAAGACCCAGUAGAAACUGUACAAAAUGAAAUAGAAAGUGUUUUCGCAAAUGUGCAGAUAAGCACAGAGAGUGUAGAGCAUAUUGACAACAAUAAUUCACCAGAAUGUGUGGACAAGAAGCCAGAGUUGCCAGUCCCCAAUGGCACUGACGACAACAAGGAAUGUGUAGAAGAGUUGUCUGACCACAGUGAUGCUGUCGAUACCACUGUACUGCACAUCUCCAGCCUUACAGAACAGCAGAUAAUUUCUGAAGAUAAUCUCAUAAGUGGGGACAAUGAAAGUCCACCCACGUUCCCACAAACUAUAGUUGGCAAUUAUGGCUACGAUAGCAUCAUUAGCCUACCAGAUCCACCAUCCACAGAGGAAAUAAAACAACUUGGUGACUUUGCUGGUAUUGAGAGCAGUCAAUUAGACUCGCUUCCACCUCCAUCACCUCCACCACCACCUAUUUUGACCGACUUAAAUGACAACAACACGAAUAGUAUGGAAGAGAAAACACCCACCACUAACGCAUCGACCACCGAAGCAGAGUCCACAACGACACAAUUAAAGUUGAAGGAGCUAUUACACAACAAUCUUGCAGAUUCGACUGCAACUAACCAACUCACAAAUGGAAAUGGAAAUGGUCAUGACGCCACAAAUGGAAAUAUAGCAGAGAAUGCCACAGCAGAAUUCGAUUUAAAUGGCUACGAAUUGCACAAUGGACAUGCAGCUGCUGAGCAGUUGUUGGCAGAACAUUUAGAGCUCAGUCCAGUUGCAGCCCACAACGCCGAAGGUGGCGCGCCCACUGGUAGGGUGCCUCAAACUCCACUUACACCACCAGAAUCGCCACCGCUCUCCUCACCCGUGCACUACACCAACAGCGUGGGUGCCAUUAACGGAAUGAAUGGGGUCAACAGAGGCAUUUGCGGCGGUCCGAUGCCCGUUGCCGUGGACGUAAAUGGCAGUUAAUAUGAAUGCUGAGCAGCAGUUAUUUUAUGCAGGCCAUGAGCUGAGAGACU